AUGUUAAAUAACGAAAAUAACGAAAGUAAUGAAAAUAUGGAUGAAUGUAUUAAUUGGAUUGAAGAUGCUAUCAAUAAAAAACAUAUUAAAUAUUACGAAUUUGAAAAUUUUGAAAAUAUUCAAGAGAUUGAUUCCGGAGCAUUUGGAAAGGUUUUCCGUGCAAAUUGGAAGAGCUUUGAUCAUUAUUUGGCGUUAAAAUCUUUUUUUAAUCUUAACAUUACUUUGAAAGAAAUUAUUAAUGAGAUUAAACUUCAACAAGAUGUAGAUUUCCAUGAUAAUAUUAUUCGCCUUUACGGAAUUACAAAAUAUAAGUUAAGAACUGAAAAUAUAUUUAAUCCAACAAAAGAUUAUUUGUUAGUAAUGGAAUACGCUGACGGUGGUACGCUUCGUGAUUAUUUGAAAAACAACUUCCAUAGCCUUACUUGGGAAAAUAAAUACAGAUUAGCAUUCCAAUUAGCUUGUUCUGUACUAUGUCUGCAUAAAGCGAGAAUUGUUCACCGAGACUUGCAUUCUUGUAAUGUGUUGCUCCAUCAAAAUUCUAUCAAGCUGGCGGACUUUGGUCUAUCAAAAAGGAUUGAUGAAGCAUCUAAUUCAAAAUUGAAUUUAUUUGGUAAGGUUCCCUAUAUUGAUCCAAAAGUAUUAAUGGGUAAUUUAAAAUUAAAUGAGAAGAGUGAUAUAUACAGUAUUGGUGUACUGUUAUGGGAAAUAUCAAGUGGAAAAUUACCAUUUCAUGAAGAAAAUUAUGAUUUUAGUUUAAUGUAUAAAAUCUCACAAGGUCGAAGAGAAGUAAUUAUUUCUGAUACUCCUAUUGAUUAUUCUAAUCUUUAUACCGGCAAGUUAUAUUUCACUAUAUUAAUUGUUUUAUUUAAAUGUUGGAAUGGAGAACCAAAUGAACGACCAUCUAUAGAUGAAGUUGUUAAUAGAUUAAGAAAAUUUAUUCCAAAUCCAAUUUAUCAACAAAAUGACAAUCAAAUUAAUCCCAUGCCAAGUGUAAAUUUAAUUCCAAAUCGUACAAAUACAAAUGAGAUAUGCAUAAUGUCAAAGAAUGAUUUGAACAUAAUAGUUAAUGAAAUAGUCGAUCUCAUUUGUGAGGAGACUAAUAAAGGAAGUGUGGUAAAGCAACAUGUUCUUGAUUAUAUUAAUAAUCAUAGUACAGAUUCAAUAAUAUUCCAUAAUUGGUUAUUAUGCAAUCAAAAUAAUGCAAAUUCCAUUUUUUUACUUGGUUAUUUAAAAUUUUGUGGAAUUGGAACAAUUGAGAUUAAGGCAAAAGCAUUUAUUUUAUUUAUUGAUGCAUCUAAACAUGACCAUGCAUUAGCACAAUUUUAUGUUGGGAUUUGUUAUCAAUUUGGAUAUGGAUUCACGAAAAAUGAAAGACUUGGAUUCAAAUAUGGAGUUGCAAAAAAUGAAAGACUUGCAUUCGAAUAUUACAAAAAAGUAGCUAAUAAAGAUUAUGCAAUGGGACAAUAUAAAUUAGGUUGGUUUUAUGAAAAUGGACUAAGUAUUAAAAAAGAUUUAAAAUUUGCUGCUUAUUGGUAUAAAAAAGCUGUAAAUAAUGGACAUUUGGUAGCUGUGCAUAAUCUUGGCCACUUAUGA